AUGGUGAUAUCUACUUCAAAUCAAGCAAUAACUGCCGAUGUUGGGGGGCAUUUGGUAACAAGUAUUCAUGCAUAUUCACUUACAAUAAAUACAAGAAGUUUAUGGGCAGAUUUAUCAGCAAUUUCAACUUUAAAUAAGCCUUGGAUGAUAAUUGGGGAUUUCAAUGCAGUUCUGUCUAUUCAAGAAAAGAAAGGAGGUAGAAAUCCUUUAACUUCAGCAAUGCUAGAUUUUAACAAUUGCAUCCAAAAUUGUGACUUAAUUCAAGCACCAAAAACAGGUUGGGGUUAUAAGGUUGGUACUAGAGGAAUAUCUGAUCAUAGUCCUCUUUUUGGAGCAAGUGCAUCACUUCCAAAACCUUUAAAUGUUCCUUUUAGAGCUUUAAAAGUUUGGAUGUCUCAUGAAGGUUUUAAAAAAAUUAUUGAAGAAGCUUGGAAAGUUGAAGUAAGAGGUAAUCCUGGUUUUAUAUUUCUAAUAAAACUCAAGCAGCUCAAGAUAAUUCUUAAAAAUUGGAACUGGAACAUUUUUGGGGAUGUAAGAAAGAAAAUCCAACAAGCAGAUGAGGAAGUUAUGAGACUUUCCAUUAUUUCUGAUCAAUCUCCAAGUGAUACUAAAUUACUAAAUGAUUUGGUAACAUCUAGAGGGAUUCAGGAAUUAGUAACUCAACAACAACAAGAAAUUGACAGACAGAAAGCAAAAGUAAAGUGGAUGAAGUUUGGGGCUUCUAAUUCAAAAAAUUUCCAUGUUAAUAUGAAAAUCAGACAGAUGCAUAAUGUCAUUGUUGAGUUAGAAAAUGAAGACAAUGAACUUAUAGUAACACAACAGGGGAUUGCAGAUGUUUUGGUGAAGCAUUUUGAAAAUAAAUUCAAACAUAAAGAAGUUCAAAUCUCUGAAGAAGUAUUUGACGCAGUUUCUAGACUUAUUUUUGGUGAAGAUAAUGCAAAAUUGGAAAGUAUACCAUCAACAGAAGAAAUAAAGCAAGCAGUUUUUGAUCUUGAUCCUGAUAGCUCUCCUGGACCAGAUGGCUUUGGAGGCUGGUUUUAUAAGUUUGCCUGGGACUUAAUCAGUGAGGACUUCAUUCAAGCUAUUCAAUUAAGAAUAGUAGUGCAAAAGAUUGUCUCUCCACAACAAGCAACUUUUAUCAAGGGCAGAAAUAUUCAAGAUCAAAUUGUCUUAGCUUCUGAAAUGGUAAAUGAAUUAGAUACAAAGAGAAGAAGAGGAAAUGCGGGUUUGAAAUUAGACAUUUCUCAGGCUUAUGAUUCUCUUAGCUGGGAAUUUCUUUUUCAUGCUUUAAGAAAAUUUAUAAAAUGGAUUCAUAUCUUGUUGAAGUCAGGAAAAAUUUCAGUUCUUGUGAAUGGUGGUCCAGCAGGAUUCUUCAAUAUCAGUAGAGGAUUAAGACAGGGAGAUCCAAUUUCUCCUUUACUCUUUGUUAUAGCUGAAGAUGUCUUAAGCACGAAAAUUACUUCAAUGGUGCUGACAGGAAAAUUGCUUCCAAUGGUACACAGAAAUGGAGUUCAGCCAACACACAUAAUGUUUGCAGAUGAUAUCUUCUUAUUUUGUAAUGGAGAUAGAAGAAACUUGAAAAGAUUAUUACGCACUCUUGAAGAAUAUCAAAAAGCUUCAGUUCAAGAAGUUAAUCUAUCAAAGAGUAAAUGUUUUGUGGGAGGUACAAGUAACACAAGAAAAAUCCAAGUAGCUGCAGAUUGUGGUAUGGUUCUAUCUGACUUCCCUGACAAGUACUUAGGAGUGAUCAUAAUUCCAGGUUUGAUUAGAACUCAUCAUUGUUCAAGUGGCCAAAAAAAAGUAUCAAAAGAGAGUGAAAAGAUUAUAAGGAACUUUCUUUGGUAUGGAGACCCUUCUGCAAGAAAAACAAUUACUUUAAAAUGGGAGAAAACUUGUUCUCCUAUAGAAGAAGGUGGCUUGGGCAUUAGACAAUUGGAAGUAAUAAACAGAGCAAUGCUAAUGAAAUUAUGCUGGAAAAUCCAAAAUGGUAAGAAUGAAUGGGCUAAAUUUUUCCAAGGAAAAUUCCAAGAUAAAAAUGGCAAUUGGAUUGAGUAUUAUAAAAAGUCAUCUAUAUGGCCAGGUAUCAAAUGGGUAGCUGCAGAUGUAUUUGAUCAUUCAAGAUGCUUGGUAGGGGAUGGGAAAAAUAUCUCAGUAUGGAAUGAUAUUUGGAUAAAAGAAAGGUAUUUAAAAGAUAUCUUCCCUGACAAUUCCACUAUGUUACAAAACCCAAACAUGAAAGUUGCAGAGUUGAUAAGAGAUGGAGAAUGGCAGAUUCCAAAUAACUUUCUUGAUUUUUUUGAAAUUUCAGAGUUACCAGUUAUGGAUUGCAAUGAUGAUAGAAGAAUCUGGAGUGCAAAUACUUCUGGUGAGUUCACUGUUGCUUCUGCAGCUGAAAUUAUUAGAAAAAAAUUUCAACCUGUACAUUGGGAAAAACAGUGUGGCACAAGAACAUUCAUCCUAAUGUCUCUAGCAAUGUAUGGAAGAUAG